CGCGCCAGCCGGCAGACCGCGUGCAGCACGCCUCACGGUUUAGUCGCCCACGGAAGCUUCUACGUUGCGCAGGUAUCAGCCCUGGGAGCGGAACGACUCACCACUUCCUACGAAAGCCUCAGCCAUCACAGCAGGACAGUGUUGCAGUUUCAAUGGCCAGCAGUGUAAGAGCGGUGUCCUCGGCGGUGGUGGUGGUGGUGGCGGCCGUGUUGGCGGGCUCGGCAGCGGCGGCGCUGUCGUCGCCCGCCGGCGCGGGCAGCGUCCACUUCCCGGCGUGGUCGGCGCUGCAGGAGCGCGCCCGGGGCGCCGGCGCAGACCUGGCCGACCUGGCGGUGGCGCUGGUCCAGCACCUGCCGGCGGCGGCCGGCGGCAACGCGCUGCUGUCGCCGCUCAGCGUCGCCGCAGUGUUGGCAGCCCUGCAGAUGGGCGCCCGCGGCGACACCGCGCGGGAGAUCGGCCUCCUGCUGGGGCAGCAGGGCGCCGGCAGCCAGGCCUACUGGGCGCAGCUGGGGGACACGCUGCGCGCCAUCAGCAACUCCACGAGCGUGAUCGCGAAUGCUGCCAGCGCCCUCUUCGUGGACGCGACGUUCCCGCUGAACGAGGAGUACCGGCGGAACGUUCGCCAGGUGCUGGCCAGCGACGAGUUCUCCGUCGACUUCGCGCGCGACCGCUUCUCCGCCGUGGCAGCCGUCAACGGGUGGGUGUCGGCGGCGACCCGCGGCCGCAUAGCGCGCGUCCUGGAGGACGUGAGCGACGACGCCGCGCUGGUGGUGGCCAGCGCCGUCUACUUCAACGGCGCCUGGCAGCAGCCCUUCCCCGCCAAGCUGACGCGCCCCGAGCCGUUCCGCGUCAGCCCCACCGAGGAGCGCACCGUCUACAUGAUGACGCACGCGGCGCGCGUGCCCUACGCCUACAGCUACGACCUCCGGUGCCAGGUGCUGGGCCUGCCCUACAAGGGCGGCGAGUUCGCCAUGUUCGUGCUGCUGCCGGAGGACGAGGGCGAGGCGGGGGCGCGUCGCCUGGGGGCGGCGCUGACGCCGGCGUCGCUGCUGCAGCUGCUGGCGUCCGCCAGGGAGCGCGACGACGUCAUCUACAUGCUGCCGCGCUUCUCGCUGGAGGCCAGCUACAGCCUCAAGCAGCCGCUGCAGGCCGCCGGCCUCCGCAGACUGUUCGACCCCCUCCAGGCUGACCUCUCCGGGCUCGUCGCCGACGACAAGCUGUCGGCGGUGGACCGGAGCCGUCUGUCGGUGUCUGAGGUGGUGCACCGAGUACGCGUGGAGGUGACGGAGACUGGCACGGAGGCGGUGGCGGCGACGGUGGCCUGGGUGACGCGCACCACGCACCCCACGGUCCGCGCCGACCGGCCCUUCCUGUUCGCCAUCCAGCACCUGCCCUCCAGGGCGCUCCUCUUCUGGGGCACCGUCGUCCGCCCUUAGGCGGAACGCGCCAGCGCCGCCACAGUGGAAGCGGGCUGCAGCUGGCGAGCGGCGUUAGCGGGCCUGGCCGGACCGUAACGUGUGCGGCGAGGCGGUCGUCGAAUGUGGACUUCUCUCACUGUCGUAAUGGGCUGGAGUGAAAAAACGAGAACGAUAAUAGAAGGAUGCCAUAAGAACUUACAGCUGUUUUUAUCAUUUUCUGUUACCGACUGUAACUGUACGUGUUUCCAAACUGAAGUUCAUUUAAAACACAUAAUAUUUAAUGUAGAAGAAACAAAUUUUCAAACUGC